AUGGCGUUUCAAGAGACCUAUCCAGACAUGUUGAAACUCUACAGGAGACGUCACAACGAGUUGGAAGUUUUGCAAAAGUUGAUGGACCGAUUAUCGAACGAAUACCCGGUGCUCGAUCGCGCGACUACUUGCCUGUCGGUCGGGACUGGAUACGGCGAAUACGAUAUCGAAUUUAUUCGGAGGUGUCUGCCGAAUUUGAAAACGCUCAUCGCCGUUGAGGUGAAUCACGACUGCGUGUUGGAACUGAAAGCAAAUUUACACAGUAACUUCGGUGACAAGCUGAAUUCUGAAAUCCAUGAGAUGUCCAUUGGGGAAUACAUGCAGUUGUACGAUGACCACAACGACGAACGAACAAACGAACCAAGUUCCACAAAAAACAAUUUAAAUCUCAAAAAUCUCCCAAACAAAGAAAUUGACGUAGUCCUAGCAUUACACGUUAUAUACUUCCUGAACAAACAAUCCAGAGCACAAUUUUACAAAAAAUGUUUUGGUCAGUGGUUAAGAUCAGAGGAUGGUCUCCUGAUUCUAGCGAACGUUACAGAUAACCAUUCAAUGGUCAAGCUAGCGAACUCAUUCAAACCAUAUUCAUCAUUGACUUCAACAACAAUAAAGGACGAAUUAAUUGAAAAUAAUGUUAGUAUAGUUAGAGAAUUCAAUUACAGAUGUCCGGUUGACAUGUCUGUCGAUACAGUUGAUUUGCAUAGACUGUUUAAGUACUCGUUCAAAGAUUCAAACCUCAGUGAAGAGAGAAUUGGCGAAGCUGUGAAAAUCAUUGCACCGGAUGGCAGGGCUUUUCACGAUUGUGAUUUGUGCGUCUGCAUUAAACUUAACUAA